AUGGAGCCCCACCUGCUCGGGCUGCUCCUCGGCCUCCUGCUCUGUGGCACCAGGGUCCUCGCCGGCUACCCAAUUUGGUGGUCCCUGGCCCUGGGCCAGCAGUACACAUCCCUGGGCUCACAGCCCCUGCUCUGCGGCUCCAUCCCAGGCCUGGUCCCCAAGCAACUGCGCUUCUGCCGGAAUUACAUCGAAAUCAUGCCCAGCGUGGCCGAGGGCGUGAAGCUGGGCAUCCAGGAGUGCCAGCACCAGUUCCGGGGCCGCCGCUGGAACUGCACCACCAUAGACGACAGCCUGGCCAUCUUCGGGCCCGUCCUGGACAAAGCCACCCGCGAGUCGGCCUUCGUGCACGCCAUCGCCUCUGCCGGCGUGGCCUUCGCCGUCACGCGCUCCUGUGCCGAGGGCACCUCCACCAUCUGCGGCUGCGACUCGCACCACAAGGGGCCACCUGGCGAGGGCUGGAAGUGGGGCGGCUGCAGCGAGGACGCCGACUUCGGGGUGCUCGUGUCCCGGGAGUUCGCGGACGCGCGCGAGAACAGGCCGGACGCGCGCUCGGCCAUGAACAAGCACAACAACGAGGCGGGCCGCACGACCAUCCUGGACCACAUGCACCUCAAAUGCAAGUGCCACGGGCUGUCGGGCAGCUGUGAGGUCAAGACCUGCUGGUGGGCCCAACCCGACUUCCGCGCUAUCGGCGACUUCCUCAAGGACAAGUACGACAGUGCCUCGGAGAUGGUGGUGGAGAAGCACCGCGAAUCCCGCGGCUGGGUGGAGACCCUCCGCGCCAAGUACGCGCUGUUCAAGCCGCCCACCGAGAGGGACCUGGUCUACUACGAGAACUCCCCCAACUUCUGCGAGCCCAACCCCGAGACGGGCUCCUUUGGCACCAGGGACCGGACUUGCAAUGUCACUUCCCACGGCAUCGAUGGCUGCGACCUGCUGUGCUGUGGCCGCGGCCACAACACGAGGACGGAGAAGCGGAAGGAGAAAUGCCACUGCAUCUUCCACUGGUGCUGCUACGUGAGCUGCCAGGAGUGCGUCCGCAUCUACGAUGUGCACACCUGCAAGUAGGGAGCCAGGGCACUGGGAACGGGUGAAGUGUGUGGCUGGGCAGAUUCACCGAAGUCCCAUGGGAAGCAGGACCUGGAGCCGGGCUCAGCGCUCAGCACCAGGCAGCAAGGAACCCGGACUGUUGCCAGACGCCCGUGCGGUAAAUGACCUGGACCUGUGCCGCCCGCUGCCGGGGAGGCCUCCCUCGCCCUCUCUCUUGAGUUUCUCACCCUGCUCUGGAUGGUGUGUGGUUUUUAAAGAAGGGGCUUUCUUUUUAGUUCUCUAGGGUCUGAUAGGAACAGACCCCAGGCUUAUCUUUGCACAUGUUAAAGAAAAUAAAAAUGGAAAAAAAAAUUCUACUCCGA